AUGGAAAUAACUCGUGAAAAUUUUCGUGCGAUUAUUUUUUACAACUUUGGACGUGGAUUAUCACAACAACAGUGCGUUGAUGAAAUUCAUUCGACCUUUGGUGAUGAAGCUCCAUCCAAGGCCACUGUAUACCGUUGGUUUAAUGAAUUCAAUCGUGGCCGUCGUUUGCUCAAAGAUGAGUUUAAGGAAGGUCGUCCAAAAUCAGUUGUUUUGCCAGAAACAAUCGAUGCUGUGAGUGAACUGAUAAUGGAAGAUUGUCAUGUGACAUACAGUGAGAUUGAGGCAUCCCUGGGCAUUAGUUACACCAGCGUAUAUAAGAUUUUGCACGAACAUUUAGACGUGAAAAAGAUUUGCUCGCGUUGGAUCCCACAUAAUUAG